AUGGUAAGCCUAUCUUUCUCCAUAUGGAAGUGCUGCGAGCACUUAGAGAUGCGGGUAGAGGAAGCCUCAAAAAGCGAAGGCCGAGCUGUAGGUCACGUGACCUGCACCGAGUUGGUGGCUGACUGGGCUUUUUCCUUGAUCAAAGCAGAUCAACUCGCCUUCUUUCUUGUUACCCAAAACUAA